AUGGGGGACAAUUCGACAGGAAUAGUGGAUGGCAGCAAAUGGUCAGAAAUUCUCUCAUUCGGGCCUCUCAUCACAGAGGUGCUGGUGGGCAUCUUCUUAUACAUCAACGGCCUCAUGAUCUUCACCUUCUUCAUGAAGGAGGCCUUCCGCACCGAUACCCGCUAUAUCCUUUUUGCCCACAUGCUCUUUGUGGAUUCCUCACUGCUGGUGGUGACCAGCUUGAUUGCGCUGCUGACCUACUACAGAGUGACGAUCCCCUAUGAGUCCUGCAUAGUGCUCAACUUGGUCAUGAUGUGGCUGGAAUUUUCCACGCCUCUGACCUUGGUGGCCAUGUGCCUGGAGCGCUAUGUGGCUGUGUGUAAGCCCCUAAGGCACGCUGCCAUCUCCACGCCGAGGAUUAGAGUGGUGGGCCUGCUCCUCAUUUGGGGGCUGGGCUGUGUACCUGCCCUCGUCAUCCUCCUUUCCUUCGCAGCCUUGGUCUCAGUGAAGCAGCUCACCAUGAGAGUCUUGUGCUCCUUGGAUGCACUGAUUGUGAUUGAGUGGCAGAAGUACCUCCAAAUUGCUGUGUUCAAAUUCUAUUUCUUGCUCAUGUCCAUGGUCAUCGCCUUCACGUACGUCAAGGUGGCUGCGGCUGCCCGGUCUGCCUCUGGUAAAAACAGCAAGUCAAGCGCCAAAGGUACGAGGACAGUGGCUCUCCAUGCCAUCCAGCUUCUCCUUUGCCUCAUACAGCUACUUACGCCUUUUGUGGACAUGGCUCUGCUAAAGAUCAGCGUGGUGAUCUACAUCUAUAUCCGUUUUGUGAAUUUCAUAAUGUUUGUGAUAGCGCCGCGUUGCCUGAGUUCAUUGAUCUAUGGUUUGAGGGACCAGAAUUUCUUCCAGGCAUUGAAACACUAUGCUGUUUGUGGCCUGGAUAAGAAGGUUCAACCAGCUGCUUCUCAUUCCAGGAAGGUGGAUCUGAGGCAUUAAUGUGAAGGAAGCAAUGAGAGACACUGGAUAAGACUGGAUAAGACUGUAUAUAUUGGCUAUUGUUAUUAUUAUUGUCCAUCCAUCCAUCCAUCCAUUUUCCAAACCGCUUAUCCUACUGGGUCGUGGUUGGUCCGGAGCCUAUCCCGGAAGCAAUGGGCACGAGGCAGGGAACAACCCAGGAUGGGGGGCCAGCCCAUCACUGGGCACACUCACACACCAUUCACUCACACAUGCACAGAAUUUAGCAACUCCAAUUAGCCUGAGCAUGUUUUUGGACUGUGGGGGGAAACCGGAGUACCCGGAGGAAACCCCACGACGACAUGGGGAGAACAUGCAAACUCCACAUACAUGUGACCCAGGCGGCCACUCGAACCUGAGUUCCAGAGGUGCAAAGCAAUAGUGCUAACCACUGCACCACCAUGCCGCCCCUAUUAUUAUUAUUAUUAUUAUUAUUAUUAUUAUUAUUAUUAUGCAAAGUUUAACUGCAUAUUCCUCAUUUGAAUGUCAUUAUGAUGUGUUAAAUGCUAAUAACUAAAUUGCGCUUUUUCGUUGGUCUCUGCAUGUGGUUUAAUUUUGAAAUCACACUCAUCUUCAUGCUUCAUCUAAUAUUCAUUUUAAAAGAAUAAGCUAAGGUUUUCCCAGCCCACCCAUCCUUCUACUGCUUUUCCAGAUCAGGGUCACAAGGAACUUUCAGUCCAUAAACUUACCAGAGCUGUAGAGAUGACCUGUGACCUGACAGUAAUGCUGCCUUUGACCUUCCCAGCAGAUCCAGGAUGACAGCUGAUGAUCUGAAUGACCAAAGCAUAUCAGCUAAUAUAACCUGCAGUUUGUAUAGAGUUCAGUGAAUCUGUACUGUUACCUGUAUAACUCAAAUCUGAAGGUAUCGUACAUAUGGACCAUCUUAAUGUUGUAUAAGCUCCUCAAGGCCAUGUUUGUAGUGUUCCUAUAGUGUUCUCACUUUCUGUGAAUAAACCCAUGCUGCGGA